GCAAACGAAAUGGUGUGAGAUGUUCAAAGAGCGAAGAGUUUGAAAACGAACUAAACCCCGGAUAAGGAUCUCUCACAAGUCACAGCAGUCUGGUUCUGCGAGUUGGAGUUGAUGCUUUGCAAACAAGCAUCCAUUCCCAUGGAGUCUCUCUCGUCUUUUCUUUCACCAACGCCUCUCAACUUCUCUUCUCACAAGCUCUCUCCAAUGGCUGCCUCUGCAACUACUUUUUCUUCCUUAUCAUUUGCAUCCAUGCCCUCCCAACACCAACGAACUUCCACCCCAAAACGCACUUCAAAACCCACUAAAACCCUCUCUCCAACAAUACCAACACCCACAAUCACAACAACAACAACAACAACAACCACCACCUCUCUUCCUCCAAAGAAGGUUCUGGUUCCUAUUGGAUUUGGUACAGAGGAAAUGGAAGCUGUUAUUAUAGUUGAUGUUCUACGCCGAGCUGGUGCGGAUGUGACCGUGGCCUCGGUGGAGCCACAGCUUCAGAUUGAAGCUUCUAGCGGUACCAAACUGGUUGCUGAUACCUCCAUCUCGACUUGUUCUGAUCAAGUUUUCGAUCUGGUCGCAUUGCCGGGAGGAAUGCCCGGCUCGGCACGGUUAAGAGACUGUGAAGUUCUGCAGAAAAUAAUGAGCAAACAAGCUGAGGAAAAAAGGCUAUAUGGGGCUAUCUGUGCUGCCCCUGCAGUCACGCUGAAGCCUUGGGGUCUUCUGAAGAAAAAGCAGACGACUUGUCACCCUGCAUUCAUGGACAAGCUUCCAACCUUCUGGGCUGUUAAAUCUAGUAUUCAAGUUUCAGGAGAGCUUACAACAAGCCGUGGUCCCGGAACUACUUUUGAGUUUUCUCUUUCCUUAGUGGAGCAGCUGUUUGGAGAGUCAAUUGCCAAAGAGGUUGGACAAGGGUUGUUGGUGUCUUCUGCUGAUGAUAAUCUAACAAAGGAAGAGUUCAACAAAGUUGAAUGGUCUGUUGACCACACCCCUCGUGUCCUCAUUCCAGUUGCAAAUGGCUCUGAAGCAAUUGAAGUAGUAACUAUUGCAGAUAUUCUACGGCGAGCAAAAGUUGAUGUCAUCAUUGCUUCACUUGAAAAAUCUGUGCAAAUUUUGGCAUCUCAAGGCACAAAAAUUGUUGCUGACAAGUUAAUCGGCGAUGCUGCUGAGUCAAUAUAUGAUAUAAUCAUUCUUCCAGGAGGAACUGCCGGGGCUGAGCGGAUACACAAAUCUAAGAUUCUCAAGAAGCUGAUCAAAGAACAAGAUUCAGCUGGAAGAAUAUAUGGAGCAGUCUGCUCUUCACCCACAGUCCUGCAAAGACAGGGUUUACUGAAGGAUAAAAGAGCUACUGCCCAUCCAUCUGUCGUAGACACGCUUACAAAAGUAGUGGAUGGUGCCAAAGUGGUCAUUGACGGUAAACUGAUUACAAGCAGGGGACUUGCUACAGUAGUAGAUUUUGCUUUGACUAUUGUAGGCAAGCUUUUUGGUUAUGGAAGAGCAAGAAGUGUUGCAGAAGGUCUUGUUUUUGAGUAUCCAAGGAGUUAGGGGAUCUAUGUCAAAUCUUUAGUGGUUGAAGGCAACUUUUUAUGUCUGCCAUAAGAAAUGAAGAGUUUAUCCCCUACUCAAAUCAACACGAGUAGAAAAUUCUUCGUUAGUGCAUACUCUAUUUCAGUGUUAAAGAGUCUCUACAGAACAUCUACGAAGUCAUGGUUGCUUUAUCCUUUACUAGAAGACUGGUCACCAUGUAAAAGUGAUGUUGCAUGUACUUUUUUGGUCAUGAUUUAUAUUUCAAAUAUCUGCAAAUUUUGUGAA